AUGUUCCAUUCAAAUCCAUCGGGACAACAGCAGCAGCAGCAACAACAACAACAACAACAACAACAGCAACAAGGCCAGGUUCAACAAAAUCAUAAUUCUCAACAUCUACCAACUUUAAAUCAACAGCAACAACAACAACAACAAUAUGCCUUUCAUCAACAGCAACCUACUUAUGACCCAUUAUCAUCAUCAUCAUCAUCAUCAUCAAUAACUUCUUCUACUUCAUUCUCAUUUGAACUACAACAACUGCCAGCAUUUCAUUCAGAUAACAACGCUAUGAACACCCAGCAACAACAACAACAACAACAACAACAAGAUACCUCUGGAUCAUUGGCUCAUACUCUCACUCGAAAUAAUGCUUCAAGUGCUUCUCUCAACUCAGUCAUCUCCUUUGCAAGUAGCUUAAACUCAGUCCCCCACACUCCACGUAACCAGAUUCUAGACAGCUCUCAACAACUCCUAAACAGCUUCAACUCUACAAACUACAAUUAUAAUAAUAAUAAUAAUAAUAAUAAUAAUAAUAAUAAUAAUAAUAAUAAUAAUAAUAAUAAUAAUAACAACAACAACAAUAACAACAACGCAUCAUUUAAUCCCUCCCAGUAUCAUACACGAAAUGGAAGCACUAGUAGUAGUAUAUAUAACGGAUUCCAAGGUGGACAAAACUCUUCAUCUUCUUCUUCUUCAGCUGUAGCUGCAGGAUUCACAAAGCUUUCUAACAUGUCGGGCUUAUCCAUUGCCACGUCAGAUGAUGAAGACAGAGCCCAUUAUAACAACUAUAACAAUAAUAAUAAUAACAACAAUAGUACAGGUACAAAUCCACCCUGGACUAAAGAUGAAGACAAUGUUCUAAUGAAUGUCUACUAUAAACAACUCGAUAAUCCUUUAAAAGCUCCUGUUGGUGCAGGUCCUGCGGUUGCUCUCCCCUACGGUUUGGUGCACAGAGUAGUACGUGAUACCGUCCAAGCCAUGACCCAGAAAACUGGGAAACCCUUCCCGCACAGUCUUGCAGAAACACGGAAACGUCUGCAUCACCUGCAUAGCUUGGAGAUUCAACAGAUGCGCCAGCACCAACAAGAAACUAGAAUCCCUCCUCCGCCGCUGUAUCCACAUCAAUAUACCCGGAGUGGAGCCACAACAGCAAUAACUGUACCACCAGCACCCCUGAAUACAGCACCGAGCAAUAAUAAUAACAAUAAUAUAAUUAACAAUAAUAGGAGUAGGGGAGGAGGUGGUGGAAGUGGUGGUGGUGGUGGAGGUAGUAUUAAUGGUAUUAAUGGUAAUAGCAGUGGAAACCCUUUGGCAACAACUAGUGAAUUCGACUUCUCCACAGACAACCGAAUGCAGAAUAUAGGACCACUGCUAUCAUCAAAUAAUAUUUCUAAUAACCAAAUCACUACAAACAUUCACACAAACAUUCACACAAACAAUCAUACAAACAAUCAUACAAUAUUCCCUCCAAGACCACUUCAGACUCCUCCUUCACCUCCAGGUUUAGAUGGUCCAAUCCAAUUACAAUCAUCAUGGAUGACAUCUGCAAUAUCAAACAAUAACAGCAAUAUUCAUGACUCGGCCGGCCAUAAUUCUGAAUCGUUAGCUCCUGGGUUGGCCUUUUAUAGUAAUGGUAGUAGUCACAACUACAUGAACAACAACCACCACCACCACAUUACAACCGGAGGUGCACUUCAACCGCCUCACCUUGCUGCUGCUGCUGCUGCUGCUUCUACUGCUGCUUCUUCGUCUUCUCACUCUGGAUAUUAUUCAGAUAGAAGUAGCAAUUAUAUGAGUGACGAUUAUAAUAAUGACGACGAAGACUACGAUGAAAUUCAAGGUGGUAACGGAAACCGUAACACAUUAACUGCUCCAAUUCAAAUUCCUGGUGUGAUUGCUAUGGAAGUAGACGAGCCUACAAGUGGUAGUUAUACAGGUAGCUUUAGUGGAACUGGCAGUUUAGGUACAAAUGGAGAUGGUAGGACAACGCGAACCAUGUUUAGAAAUGAUGAUGAGAAUAAUAUUGGAGGGAAUAACAAUAAUCGUAAUACUUUGACGGCACCGAUUGAGAUUCCAGGGCUUAAAGAGCCUGAGAAUUCUGAGUUUUACAAACGGCUGAGUGGUGGUGUAUUAUAG